AUGGGCGCUAGUUUCGUAAAUAUUUCUUUACGGCUGGCACUUUAUAUUUCUAGUGUUUUAUACUUUGUGACAUUUUUUACUAUUUCACGAAUUUAUUCGCUCGUUAUGGAUAUGUAUAAAAAAAAACCUUUGAAGUUUACAUGUAACUUUAAAGAUUUUAAGUCUACAGAAAUUGAAACAAGUAGAAAUUUAGCUAGGAGUCAUCAAAUCCAUAAAGUUCGAGAAAGUGCUAUGACUACAGAAGAUAAAAAAUUAACCUGUGAAGCCAAGCCUCAGUUUAAAGGAGAAUCAAGACUAGAGAUGCUGAAGAAAUGGAAAGAAGAAAAACUGCUCAAGAAGCAAAUGGAAUUAAAGUUAAGGAAACCAGUUUUUAAAGUAGGAAAAUAUGAUCCAAAUUCUGGAACAUCCUUAAUGAAAAGCCUAGAAAAAUCAAAUUCAAAUGAUAUGACACUGAGACAAAAACCUGUCAUCGCUGCACCCAAAGUAACAAGCGAGAUUCUUGCAGUUAAAAUUACUAAAUCAACAGUAUCAAAAAUUCCUGGCUCUAAAUCAGUACAGCAGAUUCCUCCAGUUAAACUAACUAAAUCAGCAGUAUCAAAAAUUCCUGGCCCUAAAUCAGUGCAACAGACUUCCGAAUGUAAAUCGGAAUUUGUGAAAUCGAGCAAACCAAAAGAGCUGAAAGGAAAUUCUGCUUCAAGUAUUACAUGCAGCAGUUUAUCAAAGAAACAGCAAACCAGUAGUUUACAGGAUCAGUCUGAUACUGGAUCCAAAAAUAUCAGUGAAAAACUCAAGAAGGCUUCUUUAAAAGUUGUCCCCAAUAAGAAACUUACUCAGAGCUUUAAACAUGUUUCUAUUCGUACUGAAGUUAGAUCUCCUGAUGAUUCUUUUGCUCCCCAGAAUUUCUUGUUUGAGCCACCGAAAGGGUUAUCUUUUUAUUGCUUUAAAAAGAAACAACCAUUUGUCAUGUUGGAUGAAAAAAGGCUUGACAGACGAACGUCUACUCCAAUAAAUCCACUGCAAAUAAGUACAGAAGCCAAAAGUAUUGUUAAUUCUUGUAAUGAUACAAGGUUGGAAGAGGAUAAAAAUUUAUCUCUUGAAACUUGUAGCUUUCAAGCUGAAAUAAAAGGAGCUGAAAAAGUUGAUUCCUAUACAUUUGAAGAAAGUAAAAAAUUCCAAAAUGUACCUGAAGAUUGUGAAAGUAAUCCAAGGCCAGUAUUAAAAUCUACACCAAGGACAUCUCAUGUGAAGAGUUCUAAGAAUUUCCACUUUACUCCUCGUCAUAAACUUGCAUUCUCAAAUUUGGAAGCAAAUCCAUUUGACAGUAUAGAUUCUAUGAUCAGUGAUGAGAACAUCACACUUAUAGGUACACCUAUAAAAGAUUACAGUAUUAGCAAUGUAUCUUCACAUACACAGCUAACAGGUCCGUUUCGAAGGUUAAAUUUGAAUAAUGAUUCGGCUAGGGAAGUUUUGCAAGAUGUUGUUGCAUCUAGUCCUGUUCUCAAGUCUGCGCAAGUCGCUGAAUUAUCUGAAGUGAGCUUAUUGUACACACCUGCUCCUAAAGGCAUACAAAAAUGUCGCAAAUCGAUCAAAGGAGAUUUAAUGUCAUUUUCCCCUAGCCAAUAAAUUCUUCUGUAUUUAUACAUAAAAAUGUAUAUUUAUCAGUCAUAUUGAUAGUAUAUUAUAUAUUUGUAAAAAGUUAUUUAUAUAAUCUUUUUGUGUUAAUCUUGUAUAGUUAUGUAAAUAAAAAGAGAGCUUUUGAAGCUUUAU